UCUCGGUCUGCUUCCAGCCUGUGCAUUUCCAUCGGAGGCGUGAAGCGUGAACAAGUGCCGCGGGUGCGCCAGCCGGGCCGCACGUUUUUUUGUGUUUUCGCGUGGGUGGUGGACUCGGGGAAGAUGUCACAACCCAGGAGGAGCACGUUCAGUCGGACGCCCAGGAUGAGCUCGGACGGCGGCGGGGGGCGGCCCCCCAAGGCGGGUUCCUUGGUGGAGGUGAUCGGCAAGGGGCACCGCGGCAGGGUGGCCUACAUCGGCGCCACCCUCUUCGCCUCGGGCAAGUGGGUGGGCGUCAUCCUGGACGAGGCUAAAGGCAAGAACGACGGCACCGUGCAGGGGAAGCGCUACUUCACCUGCGAGGACGGCCACGGCAUUUUUGUCAGACAGUCGCAGAUCCAACUCGUAGACGAUGGCGCAGACACCACGUCCCCCGAGACGCCCGAGCCCAGCGCCACCAAGGUGCCCAAGCGAGACAUCCUGGACACCUCCAAGUCCACCAAACUGCGAGGAGUCAAGCCCAAAAAGACUCCGGCUCCUCGUAAGACCACGGCCAGAAGGCCCAAGCAGCCGAGCCGUCCCGCAGGCUCCGGCGGGAAGGGGCCGGCGUCCGGCUCGGCCUCGGCUUCGGCCGGCGAGAUGAGCAGCAGCGAGGCCAGCACGCCCGCCCAGACCCCGCUGGCCGCCCCGGUCAUCCCCACCUUGCACUCGCCCGGGAACCCUCCGCCACCCGUGCCCAGCAAGGAGGAGGAGGCUCUGCGUACUCAGGUGAAGGACCUGGAGGAGAAGCUGGAGACGCUGAAGGUGAAGCGCACUGAGGACAAGGCCAAGGUGAAGGAGCUGGAGAAGUACAAGAUCCAGCUGGAGCAGCUGCAGGAGUGGAGGAGCAAGAUGCAGGAGCAGCAGGCCGAGCUGCAGAAGCAACUCAAGGAGGCCAAACGGGAGGCCAAGGAAGCCCUGGAGGCCAGGGAGCACUACAUGGAGGAGAUGUCGGACACGGCCGACGCCAUCGAGAUGGCCACGCUGGACAAGGAGAUGGCCGAGGAGCGCGCGGAGUCCCUGCAGCUGGAGGUGGACUCCAUGAAGGAGAAGGUGGAGGAGCUCACCAUGGACCUGGAGAUCCUCAAGCACGAGAUCGAGGAGAAAGGCUCUGACGGCGCUGCGUCCAGCUAUCACGUCAAACAGCUGGAGGAGCAAAACAGCAGGCUGAAGGAAGCUCUGGUCAGGAUGCGAGAUCUGUCGGCGUCGGAGAAGCAGGAGCACUUGAAGCUGCAGAAGCAGAUGGAGAAGAAGAACGUGGAGCUGGACGCUUUGAGGGGCAACAAGGAGAAGCUGCAAGAGGAAAUGUCAGCGGCGGAGAAGACCAUCGACGAGCUCAAAGAGCAGGUGGAUGCAGCUUUGGGGGCCGAGGAGAUGGUGGAGACCCUGACGGAGAGGAACUUGGAUCUGGAGGAGAAAGUGCGGGAGCUGAGGGAGACCGUCACCGACUUGGAGGCCAUCAACGAGAUGAACGACGAGCUGCAGGAGAACGCCCGCGAGACGGAGCUGGAGCUGAGGGAGAUGCUGGACCUGAGCGCGGCCCGCGUGCGAGAGGCCGACAAGCGGGUGGAGGCGGCGCAGGAGACGGUGGCCGACUACCAGCAGACCAUCAAGAAGUACCGCGAGCUCACCGCUCACCUGCAGGAAGUGAACCGGGAGCUGACCAGCCAGCAGGAAGCGACCGCCGAGCUUCAGCAGCAGCAGCGGCCGGCGCCGGCCGAGAUGUUUGACUUCAAGAUCAAGUUUGCUGAGACAAAGGCGUACGCCAAGGCCAUGGAGAUGGAGCUGAGAAAGAUGGAGGUGACUCAGGCCAACAGACACGUUUCCCUGCUCACCUCCUUCAUGCCCGAGUCGUUCCUGCGCCACGGCGGCGACCACGACUGCAUCCUGGUGCUGCUGCUCCUCCCCAGACUCGUCUGCAAGGCGGAGCUGAUCAGCAAACAAGCGCAGGAGAAGUUCGAUCUGAACGAGAACUGCGCGGAGCGAAGCGGACUGAGGGGGUCCGCGGGCGAGCAGCUGAGCUUCGCCGGCGGCCUGGUCUACUCGCUGAGCCUGCUGCGGGCCACCCUCCACAAAUAUGAACAAGCGCUGUCCCAGUGCGGCGUGGAGGUGUACAAGAAGAUCGGCUCUCUGUAUUCCGAGAUGAGCGUCCACGAGCGCUCGCUGGACUUCCUGAUCGAGCUGCUGCACAAGGACCAGCUGGACGAGACGGUCAACGUGGAGGUGCUCACCAAGGCCAUCAAGUACUACCAGCAACUGUACGGCGUUCAUCUGUCCGAGCAGAGCGAGGAUUGCACCCUGCAGCUGGCCGACCACAUCAGAUUCACGCAGAGCGCGCUGGACUGCGUGUCGGUGGAGGCGGGCCGCCUGCGGGCCUUCCUGCACGCCGGCCAAGAGACGACCGACCUGGCCGUGCUGCUCAAGGACCUGGAGACGUCCUGCGGCGACGUGCGGCAGUUCUGCAAGAAGAUCCGCCGCCGCAUGCCGGGCACCGACGCGCCGGGCAUCCCGUCGGCGCUCUGCUUCGGGCCGCAGGUGUCGGAGACGCUGCGGGAGUGCCGCAAGCAGCUGACGUGGGCGGUGGCGCUGCUGCAGGAGGUGGCGGCGGCCGGAGCGCAGAUGAUGUCGCCGCUGGGCGAGCACGAGGGGCUGGCGGCCGUCAAGCUGGAGGACGUGGCCUUCAAGGCGGGAGAGCAGAUUUACGGCCGGCCGGGCGCGAACCCGUACGAGUGUCUCCGUCAGUCGUGCUGCGUCGUCAUAGCGACCAUGAACAAGAUGGCCACCGCCAUGCAGGAGGGCGAGUACGACGCCGAGCGGCCUCGCGCCAAGGACACGCCUCCCGUGGAGCUGCGGGCGGCGGCCGUUCGCGCGGAAAUGACGGACGCGGAAGGUUUGGGGAUGAAGCUGGAGGACAGGGAGACGGUCAUCAAGGAGCUCAAGAAGUCGCUCAAGAUUAAGGGCGAAGAAUUGAGCGAGGCCAACGUGCGGCUGAGCCUGCUGGAGAAGAAGCUGGACAGCUCGUCCAAAGACGCCGACGAGCGCGUGGAGAAGAUUCAAACCCGACUGGACGAAGCUCAGAACCUCCUCAAGAAAAAAGAGAAGAACUUCGAGGAGACGAUGGACGCGCUGCAGGCCGACAUCGACCAGCUGGAGGCCGAGAAGGCCGAGCUCAAGCAGCGCGUCGUCGGCGGCGGUCAGGCCAAGAUGGCCGGCGACGGCCCGCGAGGCGGCGGUCCGCCCGGAAUGCCCGCUUGCGCGUCGUGCGCGUCAGGCGUCCAGGUGGUGGACUCACCACUGUUGACAUGUCAGCUGGAAGCUCAGCGCCAUUGCAUCAAGCAGCUCAAGAAUCAAAACAACUGGCUCAAGGCGGAGAAGAUGCGAAGCCAGCUGGCGGCGCUGCCCCCGCUGCGCGUCACCAAGCUGCCCUCAAGGGACAGCGGCCUUGCGCCGCUCUCCGGCGCCCUCUACAGGAAGACGGACCAGCUGCUGGAGACGUUGCUGCAGAUGAGCGCCAAUGUCAAAGUGGUCGACAUCACCGGAAAAUGUCCCGUGACUCCGAGCGCUCAACUUCUGGAGCAGACGGCUCGUUUGCAGUCGCUGCGUGACACGCUGGACAGACUUAAGGACGAGGUGGCCGAGCACGUGGUCAAGCAGCAGCCCGGCGCUCGGGUGCCGUCGGACUUUGCCACCUUUCCCGCCACCGCCUUCGUCAAGGCGGAAGAGGAGAAGCGCGACGGCGACUGCGUGCUGGUUGGCCGUGUGAUGGUCCCGUGUCCUCGGGGUCAGGAGCAGGUCCACCGCCUGCUCCUGACACAACGACAACUCCGCCACGUCCACGGCCUCCUGCGCACCUGAGCUUUGUCAUCCUCAUCAUCGCCUUCUUCCUCGUGCCCGUAACGUACCCGGCGGCUUCUUGGGCAGUCAUGAGCGUUUAUUAGCCUUAUGUAGCAUGUUACCAGUGUUGGGGAGUAACGCAAAUGUAAUCCAUUACAUUACUGGGAAAAAUAUGGAAUUCAAUUAUUUGCUUUUAGAAAUUUCCAUCACAAUUUUAGUCACGACUGAAUUGCCCGUAGGUGCGAAUGGUUGUUUGUUAGUAUGUGCCCUGCGAUUGGCUGGCGACCAGUUGAGGGUGUACCCCGCCUCCAGCACGCCCGCGACCCGCGUGAGGAGAAGCGACUCAGAAAAUGGACGGAUGAAAAAUAGUCACAAAAGAUCAAAUUUGUUUCUACUUCCUCGUUCCAAAGCCGACGCUUAUGAUGGGCUCUCUCUGGUCAUGUGCCAAUCUGCUGUAGUUCCAAACAUGAGCUUAACGCGCCACCUUGUGGUGGAAUCUAUUAGUCUGACUCCUAGUUACACUUUUGAACAGUUUCAGCUUUAUAAAUUUGUGGACUUUUUUUUAAAUGGAACAUUCACUUAUCUGGUUUGUCAUAUGGAGAGAGAUUUUCUAAAUUGUGCAGGUUUGCCCUUCGGUCAAGCAACAAACAUUUUUAUUUCCAUUUCAUCAUGUUUUAUCAGUUUAUUAUUUGGGUAAAUAACAAAUAUGUAAUUAAUUCCAAAAUAAUCUAUGCUUCUUUUUUUUUUAGAACAUUCAAGGGGUUCAGAAAUGUAAUCAAGUGUAAUGAUAUUACUUUUUGAAAGUAUUUGAAUCAUUACACUAUUUCAUUUUCAACAGUGUAACUUGUAAUCGUAACCAACUACAUAUCCAAAGUCAUCUUCCCAACACUGACGUUAACUUACCGUCCCACCAUAAACUACAUGUAAAUGUGGACUUUUUCCCCCCCCUUUUAGCCAAGUUUGCACAUCAGAGUUCAGGGUAUGUUCUCGGACAGGCUUUCUGUGACUUCUCCAGUCUCUGUAAUCUCUGUGAUGACAUUCGCAGCUAAAUGGCCACUUUCCUCUGAGAACUUCAUGUCCGAAGCCUCGCGACGUUCUCCGAGGGACGCACGCGGCCACGGAACGUUCCAAAAGAGACUGGAAGAGUCACAGAAAGGCAUGCAAGUGGAAUAUAAUAUUUGAAUUCAUUUAACUGGAAGAAACCAGUUUUUUUGUUUUUAGCUGUAACACAAACAUUUCUGUGUUUAGGAUGAAAAAAAAUAAAUACAUUGGUAGAUGUU